AUGUCCGAAUCGCCUUCUGACGCAUACGCUUUGCUGGAAUCCUCUUUUGCCGCAUCGCCGAAUCUUCGUUCUCACAAGCAGUUUCCGCGCAGGAGCGACGACUAUCGCAGGCUUGAACCUGCUGCGCGCAAGGAAGAGACGCUGUUGCGAGACGAUGAGACCGAGUCGCAAGCCAGCAGCGAGCUACCCACACCGACACCUCUGGCGCCUCAAGCUCCAGCCCAAGCAGAGAGUGGCCUUCCCCCCACUCCGCCUUCCAAUUCACAGGACGGGCUUCCUGCGACGGAUUAUAGCCCUCCACCCCAUGCAGACAGCUUGGUCAACUCGCUGACGUCGCGCAAGUCGACUCUGAGUACCCCUGUUAACCAGCGCAGUCCUCCUACACCCGAUCCCAGUCCACCAAGAAGAGCCACCGCAUCCAUGACGACUCCGGAACGCCCGGUCCCUUUCACGUACCCCUCGUCCCGCGCCGAGUCCUUUACGACUGCCAGAGAAGAGCCAAUAUCAUCCGAGACAGAAAGUCGAUCGAGUACUCCCGUAGGUGCGCGGUUAAGCGUUGUGGAAGAGGACCGAGGUUUAGGACUGGCUUUCGAGCGCGAGGAAGAUGACACCACUCCUAGGAAUACGGUCGUAGAGGCGCCGCUCGAAAAUGAGGCGAGCAAGAUGGAAAGCGGGCUAGAUGGUCAGGGUGACCCGGAUGUGGAGGACAUACCAAAUCGGGAAUGGGAUACAAAUUUGAUGCGGAAUGUGACGGUGCGCAGGAAACGGAACACGAAGCCGUCUCCGAAGAAGAAGCAGGACGUUCCUAAGCCUGCAUCACCAGCCGCAUCCCCUGUAGCAGGGUCGACGCCGCGGCGAAGCUCUAGCCUUCGCGAGCGCGUCGAGGCGAGCAGACACAGUCCGCACACUGCCUCCAUCGAGAAUUUCGCAAAGGCAAUCAAUUGGCCUAUCGAGGCUGUAGAUACGCAGACCAACGACCCUGGGCAAAAGCGAUUUUCCGCAUCAUCUAUGGCGUCGACCGUGGUGGAAGCCAUGGUCGUUGUGACGCCUUCACAACCGCAAAGGCGACAUACCUUGCGUCAUUCGGGGAAGAAUUUGGCAUACAGGCAAGAUACGGACUCGCCUAUUGAAAGUGGAACGACGCUUUACUCCCGGACAUCUAUGCGAUCGGAUGACGUCCCGCUGCAUCGACUCGUCCACAAGAGAGCCAGCAUCAAAGACAGGGGAAAACGCAACAGUUCGGAUUCUGCCACCAUGUACGACCGUACUGCCACACCGGCAUCUCUCCGACAACGUGCAGAGGAAAGUGCUGCGGUUACUUUAGCCCAUCAGCGAUCGAUCAAGAGCGUGCUGCAACCGGCAGCCGACAUCAUGAGCUGGUCAAACUCGGUAACACGAAAUCAACCUUCCAGAAAUUCUCAUAAACGCAUCGCAUCUGCGCCUGAGGCAGUUACGCGCACGCGCACACCUUCCAUUUCGCACAGCACUUUUGAUAUGUCACCGCCUGAAAGUCCUAGUCCGAGACGCCAACGGAAGGCCUCGUCGAGGUUAGCGCACGUAGAGGUAGCUUCACCAGCGUCGCCUGAUGAGAAGAUGCACGAUCUUUUGCUCCCCAAGUUGAUACGCAAAAAUUCACCGACUCGCAAAAAUGCAGCACCAAAUGCAAUGCUUGAUGUCAACAAAUCGUUGCCCGAAAUUCCAUUGGAACUUCCCAUUCAGCACACGGAUGAAAUCAAAGAGGGAGAAGACGAGGUCCAUGAUCCGGACGACCAGAGCACUCGCCCUACGUCUGCAAUGCUCGAAAGGGUUCGCCACUUAUUGGCCUCCACCGAAAGCACACAGCCUACAGCCGUCGAAUCGCCUCAAAUUCAGGAAAACUUAAGGGAUCGGGCUUCGUCAACCGGUACUGUGCCAAAUGCGCGCCGAGGAUCACUGUCUGCGCGCGGGCGUUCAGAGGAAAGACGAAGCUCACUUAGCCAGGAUCGCACCUCGAACUCGCAAGAUGCACUUCUUCGUCCCAGCUUGGACCGCGUGCAUACAGAGGAACUUCCCCGAUCAAGUCAUGAGUGGCAUUCUUUUCAUACUGAUGAAAAUGGUCGCGUGAGCUUCGACCGAACCACUACGAAAAGUGAUGAACACGCCAUGGCUCGCCAUCUUUUCUCACAGACAACACCUUUCUCGCAGUUCUCGGAUACGCCUAUCGAGGUCAGUGAAGCAACGGCUGUGAGCAUCUAUCCUCACAACAAUAACUCUUUGUUGGUCGUGCAACAAGUCGCACGAGCAAGCCAGCAGCCUCAGGAGCAUGAACACAUUGCAAACGAAGCGCAUUAUGCAACACCUAACGUAGAAGAGCUUGAGGAACCUUCCACGCCGCCUUUCUUUGACGCAAGCGAGGGCCUUCAGAUGCAGCUUCAACAGCCUACCCUCACUUUUGAACCUUCGACUCCGCCUAUGCAAAUCGAACUACCUACUUUCACGGUGGUAGAUUCGCCACUCAAGAAUCCUCGCAAGCCGCCGGAGCCGCCUGUGAUCAAGUUUAUUCCACCAACUCCCGCCGAAGAACUUGAGAGACAACUUGUUCCUGGUCCCCCUGGUCCUCCGAAACAAUCCGACUCGCAUCCACAGCGUCGCCUCUCUCUGAAACAACGCGCACGCCGCUACUCGGACAACUUCAUAUCGCCUUUCCUCGCCCGUGCGUCUAGCAUGCGCGGUCGAUCAGCUAGCGUCUCGCACCACGGCCAUGGCCAGGUUCACAUUCCCACAGUCAACGACGAAGAUGGCAGCCUGCAUCCUUUCUGGCGUCCCCGAGGCUUUUGGGACGGCUUUGAAGAUAGCGACUCCGAAAGCGACGAGGGUUACCUGCCGCGCGGAGGCGACACAAGCGACGUGGAGGAUUCUGAUUCCGAGGAGCCGCCUUCGCCACGGAAGUUGGGCGCUCUAGGCAGGAGGCUGACCAACAAAGUCAAGAAACCUAAUGGCUUUCUGAUUGGGAAUUCUCUCGGCGUGGAAAGAUCAGGCACCAACAGGCGGAAACCUCACAUCAACCUGCCAUCUCGUGGGGUAUCCAAACCAUGGCCCAGACGCGAAUCGCCCAAGAUUCUCAUCCAGCCGCCCACACUCCCCUUUCGCCGUAGCCACUCGGCACGCAUCCAGAAACGACCGUCACGCACAUCGAUGGCGUCAUCAAGUACGCAUACGCUUGAACGACCCAGGCGCCGUACCGACCGCGGGACAUGGCGACAGGGGAAGAGCAUUCCCGGCUUGAAAAACAUGCAGGUGCAAUACAUUGGCUUGAGCGGGGUGAAAGAGCGGUUCCGGGAGAAGAGGGCAGAGAGAAGGCGAGAGGCUUUGAGGAAGAGUAUUGGGGGUCGGUGGUAUGUGGAGCCCGGCACGCCGGGUGGAACGCAUCUUCAUACUUAA